AUGGAUGAAGAUUCGCCAAUACAGAGCUCGAGGGCUAAUUCACAUGGCACACGCGGCACAGUGCUAGAAACUGCUCAGCCGAUUCAUUCUACCAAUUCCCAGCAGCCCAAGCCAGACCUCCAGCCAUCCUCUGAAUCGCCUCCCCUGCUGACAGGACUUCCCCGUGAGCUUUUGGGUAACAUCGUGGGCCGGCUUGAAAACAGCGACAUCAAGAAUCUCCGUCUCUCUUGCAAGCUUCUUGCGAGUGCAUUGGCCUUGCGCAUCAAUCGCGUCUUCCUUUCCGCGAACCCGCUUAACGUCAAAGUUUUCCGCGCAAUUGCCGACCAUGAGGAAUAUCGCCACGGCGUUACUGAAAUUGUCUACGACGAUGCCCGGCUCCCGCGAUCUGCUUUUGAGGCUCAAGCGAUACGGCGGCCCGAAAUGUUGAUCACAGGCCCUCCUCCGGACCCUCUCACGCCGUGGGAGGCAGAAUUUCAGUCAACAGCUCAGGAAGCAGAUGAAGAGUGGUUUCAAAGCGCGCGGAAAGAGAACCUACGAGAGAUCAGCGCCCACAAAAGUCAUACCAAAGGCCAAUGGGACAGUCCCGCAAGGACAGAACAGGCAGAGAGUGAGAUGUCAUACCAAGCAUCGUGGGCAUACUAUCAGGAUCUGGUCCGUCAACAAGAUGAAGUUAUCGCAAGCGGUUCUGAUAAAGAAGCUUUUAUAUAUGGCCUCCGACAAUUCACUUCAUUACGAACUAUCACCGUCACGCCUGCCGCCCACGGGAUGUUGUUUAGCCCUCUGUAUAAGACACCAAUGAUUCGAGCCUUUCCAUUUGGCUUCAACUACCCUCUUCCCCGCGGUUGGCCGGCUCGUGAUGAAAUAGAGCCUGCUUUAGAUGCUGCUCCAUGGGUUAAUGAAGAGAACGAAGCUUGGGCAGGGCAGAUUAGAGCCAAUUGGCGUGGUUUUCUGCUCGUCGCUCAUGCUCUAGCACAGGAACAACACCACCACCAAGUGUCCGAGUUUCUCAUUGAUUCCAAUCAACUUCAAACUGGGAUCAGCGGUCGCCUAUUUGAGCAGCCUUGCGAAGCGUACGCAGAUAUAGCGUCGAUCCUCGAGCUUCCCGGCCUGCGACAUUUCCAUCUCUCCAUCAACCUUGAGGGACAGCAUUACUAUGACUGGCCAGCGUUUCGGAGUGGUCUCAUGAAGGAAGCUCUUUCUAAAGCUGUGAAUUUGGAGCAAUUCACCCUGGAAACUGAUAUGGAAUUAGAUGAGGUGGAUGAAGAAGUACCGCCCUCGUUGGAGGACAUUAUCCCAAUUAACUGUUGGCCAAAGCUUCGACAUUUCAAAUUGUGGAAUUGGCAUAUUAAGAACAACUCUGAUUUGCUCUCAUUUUUAGGCCAACUUCCGCAGACCCUACAAUCACUUGAGCUCGGCGCUCUGGCCCAUUAUCACUAUGAGGAGAAUUAUGUUGAUCUAGUACAAGAUAUGCGUGACGCCCUAGGUUGGCGAGAACGGAAUAUUCGCCCCAGAGUCAAGAUAACCGUACCUCGCAAAGGUUAUUAUAGAAACGGUCACACUGUCCAAGUUGAUAAAGAAGUCGACGAGUUUCUAUAUGGAUGUGGUGAUAAUCCGUUUGCAGGAGAAUCUAACGGUGGUGAAAUGCCUCCUCGUGGUGUGGGGGUUACUCGUGAUGCAUUUCUUGAGGACUUUGAGGGGCCUUGGGAACUUUUACCUUGGCAAAACGCUCGCACAUCCGGCUAG